CAUUCCAGUCAAACUCAAGUCAGUUUUGGAUCGAGCGGCGUACAGAGUAGAGGUAGCCAUUUUUACACCCGUGUGUUCUCUUCAUGAGCUAACUGGCAGCAGUGGAGGCAUACAUUAUCAGACAAAGAUUUUACAAGUUCACUUUUCCUACCCAACCUAAGUAAAGAAGAGUUUGUAGGACUAAUAAAUCGGACACUCGUCGAAAAGCCGCACUCAGUUUUCGCGCGGAAUUUCGUCCGGUAACCGCACCCAUUAUUAGCCAGCAGAAAAAAAGAAAAGGAAUUUCUUGCCUGUGUUCGCCUCCGCAAGAUUCGAAACCACGUUCGUCGUAAGCCCUCAAGAAGUACGUAGAGAACGUCGUCCGAGUUUGUUCUGUAGUUUUUGCACGACCGGUCAAAAAUUAUCGGUGAAACAAACCGCCACAGAAUAGAGAACCAAUCACAAAUUGUUUACACUGUGAGCUUGAUACAAGUCGCAGCUACAGCCCAGAAGUGAUUUCUGAUUUCUUUCUUUUUUUCUUUGCAGAAAAAGAAGAAGAGUGAUUACCCGAUUAAUAGAAGAAGAAAAAUCGAAAGUUUGCAAUUCGAAGAAAAGAAAAUUGUGUGGCGGAAAAUAGCCUGUCGAGAAUAAAGAAAAAAGUGCAAGUGUGCAGUGAGCGAAAGAGAAAAUUAUUCUUGCUGAUUCGCAAAAAUAGUGCAUUUUCUGAUUACCUGACACAACAACACCACCAACAAAGAAACGGGAGCAGAAGAGAAAAAAACAGUGAAAUUUCGCAACAAGUGCCAGUUGUGCGAAUUGACAAGCCCCUCGGCCACUCGCGCGUUUUGUGGGUCCGGCUCAAGCGCAAGCGACGAAAUCGCGAAAAUAAAGUGUGCUGUGAGAUUUUAGUGCCCUAAUAGCCGGCUUGUCUGUCCCGCCUGCUUACCUGCUUACCAGAGCCAGCAACGAACCGUGCAGGAAGAGCAGCAACAGCAGCAGCAGCAGGAAGAAAACAAGAACAACAACACGGAGAAUGUCUACCGCGAUUAUGCACACCGGGGCGUUCUACGACUUUGGUGAUUUCACACUGAAGAAUCAAACAAACUCCAGAAGCACAGCGCAAAUGACCAUCCCGAGCACCAAUGGCACAAAUAGCAGCAGCAAUAAUGCCACUAGCAACAGUAAUAGCAGCAGCAGCAGUUCGUUAAUUGGUAGUAUUGGCCACCACGCUACCAGCAGUCAGAUUCUGCUGCAGCAGAAUUUCCACGUGUCCCAUCAGACUCAACACCAGCAAAACCAUCAUCAUCAGCAACAGCAGCAGCAGCAUCAGCACCAUAACCACCCCCAUCAUCAUCAUCAGCAGAGCAACCAUCAGUCGCACCAGCAACAGCAACACAACGCACGCCAGCUUUUGAUUCAUAAUACCCUAACCCGCACCGCGUCACAUCCGGUAGGAGCUAGCAGCGCGACGUCGACAACCGCAGCAGCUACUAUGGAAUCACUGAUGGAACUACUCCGAAUGUCCACGGCCGCCAGUAUGCUGGCCCAGACGAACCGUGGCACAGCAGCCGUGGCCGCUGCCGUAGUCUCCGGUGGGGGUGGCGGUGGUGGUGGCCAUCGCAAGCUGGAACGUACCCAGUCGGAACCGCUGCCACAGCAGGUCAAUACAUCAAGAUAUAAAACCGAGCUGUGCCGGCCAUUCGAGGAGGCAGGCGAGUGUAAGUACGGCGACAAGUGCCAGUUCGCCCAUGGCAUGCAGGAGCUGCGUAACCUUCAGCGUCAUCCAAAGUACAAGACCGAACUGUGCCGCACAUUCCACAGUGUCGGAUUCUGCCCGUAUGGUCCCCGUUGUCACUUUGUACAUAACGCUGAAGAGGCCCGAAACCAUAACCGCUCGGUAGCUGCGUAUCAUGCUCAACUGGCAGCGGCCGCCGCUGCGGCCAAUUCCGGCAAUAACAACGGUGGUAAUCUGAGCCAGCAGUCCAACGCGGCGGCUGCGGCAGCUGCUGUGCUACAGCAAGCUCAGCUACAGCAAACUGCUGUUCUGUUGCAACAACAACAACAACAGCAGCAGCAACAUCAGCUUCCGCUUAGCCCGGCUCUGUCUAUGUCCACCGGAUCGGAUAGAGCUUCGCCGAUCGGGUCACUCUCUUUGUCACCAACAACAUCGAUGGCAAGCUUCUUCCCGGAACAGGGCAGUCCAACUUUCCCACCGACUAACGGGCAGCAGCAGAGUGCUUUCAAUUUCCCAGCGUCGCCGCCCGCCAGCCCCAUUGACGGUUUGUCGCCAAUGACCACUCCUCCGCCACCUUCUCCGUCACUAGUAUCCCUGAAGGGUGCUGCCAACGGCAACAGCGGCCUGGAUGCCGAUGCAAGGCUUCCAGUGUUCAAUCGGCUCAGCUCCACGGUGGAUGCCUUCACCAAUCUGAUGAUCUAAUGUGGUGCAGUUCUACUGUCGGUGUGUCUGUGUAAGUGUGUUAAUGAUGUGAUUUGCUUGUGGUUGGACUUUUCUCUGUACGCACGCACGCUCGGCGCAAGUAGACAAACACACACGCAUACGCAUUCACUCAUUCGUACACACGCGCGCACUAAUGGUUUGUGUACAUAUACUUAUCUAGAGGAGUAGUGAGAGAAAGAGUGUCCAACUGGACAACGCAAAAAGGAACUAUUUAUUUCCGAAGAAAAAAAAGUUUGAUCAAAAUAAUCAAAAGCUGCAACAUACACUCAAAGUUAACCCUAUAAUGGCACCGAUAUUUAUUUAAAUGAAAUGGUCUGCAAAUUCAUGCGUGCAGAAAAAAAAAACAAACAACCUGAAACGGUGGAAGAAUGGAAACACUUAUUUAAUUAUUUAUUUUUAUAUUAAAUUUAUAAUUUUAUUUAAAUCAAACUUAACGCACACGAACACACGCACGGUCACCCUCUCAAGCACAGCCCACUAUCGCCACCCACUGGUGCGACUGUGGGUUGGCUGCAGGGCGGUUAGUUUUCCCCGUGUGUAUGUGUGCGUGAGUUUAAAUACCAACGAGAGCUUCCAGUGAGAAACCAAUUUUCGAUUUCAAAACCACUACUGCAUACAGCCGGAAACAAAAGGCAAACGAAAAAAAAAGCUAUAACCCUAGAAACCAAUAUUUGCUAUCUUGUGUUUCCAUUACAAUUAUUAAUAUUAUUAUCACUAGUAUGGUUAUUAUUAUUGUCAGCCUAUCUUUAUUAUUUUUUAAUUUAUUUUAUUUAUUUUUUUCUGCUGCUUACUUUUCCAACUUUUAUUAGAGAAAAUGCGCGAUUUACUCGCAGAACAGUUCAAACACUUUUUUCCGCUAUCAUGCAACUAUGUAAAGUCACAACACACAGCCAACGAAUUACGCGUUUGUUUGAAAACAAAAUCAAUUCGAUUUCUUUUCUAUGCAUAUAUAUAAUAAGCUCAGUACGGUUUAGUUUAUAUUUAUCUGAAAUAUAUAUUUUCUCGUAACUUAUAUCGCAUCAUCGACAGCAACAAUAACAAUUUACGCAACAAAAGUUCUGUUUAUAUAACAUUAUUUUGGCCACCAGCCUAGUGCCUUAACUAUUUAUAAAUUCUAAAUAAAAAAAACCCUUCUGUACAGCAUCCUAGCAGGCUGCGUUGAGAUUUCGUUUAUUUUUGUUUUCUUUACUUCCAUCGAGUCAUGUACAGGUUUAGGUUUCAUAUAAACACACUCAAAUGGCGUUCAGUUUGUAACGCAGCGAAACUCCGACCUGCUAGGAUUCAUGCGUAUCAGCUAUCAGGGAGUAAACCUACUUUCACCACUUUUUUGUGUGUACAUUUUCUUUCUAACGAUAAAUUCUACUCUAUACACUGUAAGAAACAAACAAACAAAAAACAAAUCCUGUAGUUUGUUAAGGAUAUCAUGAUUCUUCCAGCAACUGUGUAUAACAAACAAAGAGACGAAAAAAAUAUAGUAAAACAAAAGUUCUAAACGAUUGAUCCGGGAGAAACCGCGAAACGUUCGGAGGGCCCCUCGCUAGGUACAUUUUCUCGUUCGUCUGGAUUUGAUAGGUGUUACUUUCUGUUUUAAUUUCCUUAUUGUGAUCAUAGUUUUUAAUAACUAUACUAAGCCUACUGCCAUCUGUGUUACUAGGAGACGUGCGAAAGUCAAACGCGAACGAAAAAAGACAACCGAUUUUAAGUCAGUGACUUACGCGCGCCAAGCCGUGCGCGGAAAGUCCGCGAAGGGUGCGAAACGAAGACGACGAGAGUUCGAGCUGAUAUAGGUGCCAAAGCGAGGGGCCUUCCGCCUCCCGAGGACUUGCUUUAAUUUCCCAUUGUGAGGUUAGUUUGUAAGACAACAGAGACAAGAGAAACAGAGUUUAACCAUAUUUUAUAUGUAUAAAAAACGAAGAAACACUCAGAAAAUCUUCCAUUAGAUUAAGACAAACCUGUGUUGAAGAAAUAAGUUGACGCAAACAAGUUUUUUUUUCAGAUACAAUUUUUGUACAGUUUUACACCAUAGAACAAACAGCAAAUUGAGCGAUUUUCACUUCACCUCUUCUGUGGGUUCGAAUCGAGUCGACGCUCCAAACCGUAAAACUCCCCUCCUACUUCUAUCUCUGAACCUUGCACGAAAAUUUUUGUGAUUUUUUUACGCUAGUUAGCCUACACAAAUCGUAAAUAAAAGACAAAUUUCUUAAUGA